UUUGCCGAUUGACAGAAGACUUGUUCAAGUUCUGAAUUUGACGUGUCUUAUGUCAAAAGCUAGUAUUCUUGUAAUGUUUAUUGACUUUGUUUGCAAACUAUCAAUACCUACACAAUUUUCUUAUUAUAUAAAAUGUUCGUUUAUUCUAUAAUGUAGUUGAAAGUCUAAUGCCAUUUAAUUUAAUGUGUUUGUUAGCGAUAGUAAAAAAGUAAGGUUAUAUUGCAAGUACACUAUUGUUGCUUGAUCGAAAACAUAUUAAAAUUUAUUUGUCCAUGACAUUAGGAUAACACUUCAUUUAUUUACCCCUCUAAUAAUUCUAUAAAGAGUUAACUCUCAAGCAAUCAUUAUGAGAAUUUUGCAAGUUAAGAAGAACAGGCUAAUAAGGCUGAUAGCAGCGGUUGCUAUAGUCCUAACACUUUUGUAUGUUUUAUUUUCGCAAACUCGGAAAGAGGGUGUAAGUUUAAGAAGUUUUUCUUCAGAAUUACGGAAAGAGGUUCCUCAUUUAGUGAAGGGUCUUGGAAACUUUGAGCCGCCUGCAACUAAGCCUAGAGAAGGUCCCGGAGAACAAGGGAAAGCGCACAAUCUCCGUGAUGAUCAACAAAAUGACGCAUCUCAAUCACUUUCUGAAUACGGCAUGAACAUGGCAUGCUCUGAUGAAAUUUCCCUUGAUAGAUCGAUCCCAGAUAUAAGGAUGCCAGAGUGUAAACACUGGGACUAUCCUAAAAAUCUGCCCAAAACCAGUGUAAUUAUAGUCUUUCACAACGAAGGGUGGUCUGUACUUAUGAGAACUGUUCAUAGUGUAAUCAAUCGAACACCCGACUCCAUGCUCGAAGAGAUUCUACUUGUAGAUGACUUCAGUAGUAAAGAAAAUCUGAAGGGGAAAUUGGAAUCGUAUAUAGAGAGGUUCGAUGGCAAAGUGCGUCUGAUAAGGAAUAAAGAGAGAGAAGGAUUGAUCAGGACAAGGUCGCGGGGCGCCAAGGAGGCUCGCGGAGAAGUCAUUCUGUUCCUUGACGCUCAUUGCGAAGUCAACGUCAACUGGCUGCCCCCUCUCUUAGCUCCCAUCUACAGGGACAGAAAAACAAUGACCGUGCCCGUAAUAGAUGGAAUCGACCACCAAACUUUCGAGUACCGAACGGUGUACCAGGCAGGCCAUCACUUCAGAGGCAUCUUUGAGUGGGGCAUGCUCUACAAAGAGAAUGAAUUGCCUUCCAAGGAAAUAUCAAAGAGGGAUCACAAUAGUGAGCCUUACAAGUCUCCUACACAUGCUGGGGGAUUGUUUGCGAUUGAUAGGAAAUAUUUCCUAGAAUUGGGAGCAUAUGAUCCAGGACUUCUUGUUUGGGGCGGUGAGAAUUUCGAAUUAUCGUUUAAGAUAUGGCAAUGUGGAGGCAGUAUUGAAUGGGUUCCCUGCUCCCGUGUCGGCCAUGUCUACAGGGGCUUUAUGCCUUAUAAUUUCGGAAAACUUGCCAAUAAGAAGAAAGGUCCUCUCAUACUGAACAAUUACAAGAGGGUGAUUGAGACGUGGUUCGAUGAUAAGUACAAAGAAUUCUUCUACACGAGGGAGCCACUUGCCCGUUUCCUGGACACAGGCGACAUUUCCCAGCAGCUGCAACUGAAGGAAAGACUGCAGUGCAAAAGUUUCCAGUGGUACAUGGAGAAUGUUGCUUACGAUGUUUUCGAUAAGUUUCCAGAACUUCCUCCCAAUCUUCACUGGGGAGAAUUACAUAACGUAGCUAGUCAAACAUGUAUGGAUUCAAUGGGCCACGAACCUCCCGCACUUAUAGGAAUGUCUCAUUGCCAUGGUUUUGGAAGUAAUCAGUUGCUGCGGUUGAAUGCGAAAGGGCAACUGGGAGUUGGAGAGAGAUGCAUAGAUGCUGACAUUCAGGGAAUAAAGCUGGUCUUCUGUCGUCUGGGAACAGUUGGUGGUCCUUGGGAAUAUGAUGAGGCAACACACACCCUGCUCCAUAGAAACCACAAGAAAUGCGCCGCCCUCCAUCCGCAGACGUUCCACUUGUCUCUGAUGCCAUGCGACCCCAUCAACACCUACCAGCAAUGGGUCUUCAACGAAAUACAUCCCAAAUGGUAAUCCACUCCAAGGCUCAAACAAAAACUUCACGAUGAUCAAAAGUAAUCUAAGCAAUUGUAUUAAAUAUUUAUAAUCAAUCUUAUCGUUUAAGAAAUCAAUUCUUUGAAAUUCUGGUGAUAAAAUUACAACGUUUGUAAAAUUUCAAUGAGUUGAAAACUAUACUCUCGAUCAAAAUUGAUGUACUUAUUCGUUGUUAUAAAACAUGAACAAAUUUUCAUCCUCACUGUAUUUUAAUGUAUAGAAAUUUUUAUUAUAGUAUUUAAAUUUGGCUCUCUUCUAAAAGGUAUCAACUAACUAGAAAGCAUUCUUCUGGAUUUAGAUGAAAAACUAAAGUUCGUUUCAUAUCACCAUCGCUUAAUAGCUAAGUUCCAAUGAUUGAUGAAACACGUAGGAAAUAAUUUCUGAAUUUACAGUAUUAAAAUUAAUUUUGAAUGCAUUCUAUUUAGUUCAUAAAAAAAUUGUAGAAAGUGGGUUUAAUAGAAUUGUUAUCAUUGAUAGUUGUCAAUCAAAUGAACAAAACUUGAAGAAACCUUUUUUAUCAAUGUUUGUAAUACUUAUAUUAUUUUAUUGUUACUGUAUUUCAUUGUUUACUGCUGUUGAAUAUUUUACGCUUCUGAAAGCAAUAAAAACGAAAGGUUACUUUAUCAAUUUUGCCAAGACAAUAAUAUUUAUAAAUGUAUUAUUUUCAUCGUGAAACAUGUUGAAACUAUUCUAGAAUAGUCUUGUAGUGAAAUAUUGUAUUAGAUCUACAGUUGGAGACUGGUUGCCCCAAGUACUAGAUGAGAAGUACCUUCAUACAUGACAAUUUAUUAUACAUUGAAAUACAUUUGAACAAUGUAUUAUCAUUCUCGCGAACAAAUUAAAUUAAGAACAAAUUUACAACUCAUUGGAGUACAUGUUAGUUAUUCUUACCUUCUUUCAAAUUAGAUGUCUUCAAUGAACACUGAACAGCCCUCAAAGGUUCGAAUAACAAAUCUCUCUAUAUUGAUGUUUUACCAAGUUGAAAGUUUGUAAACAUUUUACACAUUCCUUGAUAUUAGCUGACAAAUUUCAAAUUAUCCAGUGAUAAUUCCAGUUUGAUCAAUUAUUUGAUGGAUUUACAUUACAUAUAAUGGCAUUUUUGGGAUAUAAUGUGAUUGAAUUAGUUAAAAAUGGAAUUUUCAUCUUCACCAUUGCUCCAUAACUUAGAGUACCUAACGUAUUUAAAGAUAUUCUUUGCUUGGAAACCAGUAUUGUUUAUAUUAUAUAAAAUACUGUAUUAAUAAAAUAGAAUAAUUCUGCGAUUCAAUAGUGUAUAUUAUUGUAGAGAUAACUGAUGUAAGUAGAUUUGAUUCAGGGAGGGUUUGACAAUACUGUAGGUUAAGAUAACUAGUUGAAAUUUUAUUAUUAAUUCAAUAUAUCAAUAUAUAUGUACAUCUACAUUUUCAUACAUUAGACUAUGUAUUUCUUCUCAUAAAAUCUUGAAUGAUUGUCUUGAUAGCCCAUUUUUCCUUUUUUAUUGAUUUUCCUUUCAAUUUCAUUGCAAGUCAUUGGCAUUUUUAAUAUUGUUUGGGUCAUCUUAAUUGCCGAUCUUAAUUGUAAACCUAUCAAGUGGUCACGGGAAAUCUCGUCUCGGUAAAAAUGAAAAAACCAUAUCAGUAUAUAAUAUUGAACAAAUAAUUUAUAUCCUUGAAGCUAUCACCAUACUAAUCUGGUAUCUUUGAAUUAUAUAUUAUUUGUAUAGGUAACUCAUUUCACAUAGCAAUAGACGUCCGCGAACUUAGCAUUUCCCAUUCUGCAACAUAUUAUAUGCCAUAUGGAAUCAGACAAAUCUGCUUUGCGAAACUGUUAGCGAUUUGAUUUAGUCUGUAAUAAAACAUUACAUUCUGACGGCGGUGUAAAAUGAGAUUUAGUGGUGGAAGCCUGAUAAUACGUAUAAUUUAUUUCAAGUCCAAUCGCUUCUUGGUAGUGACACUUCAUGAAAAAUCUAUUCUCCGGUGUAAGAAAAAACUGAAUACUUCCAUUGUGGCUGUGAAAAGGAUUUCUUGAAUGAGACGAUUUCUUUAAAGUGUGUUUUAUUGAUUUAUGAUCAAUUUUCCAGAUGAUAUCCUACUGAUUAUAUGUUAAUGUUUUCAUCAGUAUUACCGAAUAUAACAUUAAAAUAAUUGUAAAUUUAAUUGUUUAUUAUACCUCAACAGUGAUGGUCAUGUUGUUGGAUAACGUGUAUUUUAUCCUUGAAUACUCGCCAUAAAAAAGUAAUGAGUUUCUGAAUAUAGAAAAUAAUUAAUACUCUAUUAGUCAAUUUAAUAUGUUAGGUAAGAGAAGGCUGCUUAUUAAGGAAAUGGAAUUCACUUGAAGUUGAUUCAUUUUUUAAUUUAAUUCUGAAAAUUUAUAAUUUUACUAGAUUAAAAAUAGGAGUUUGGAUAGGAAGAUUUGAUAUUUAUUAGCAAAAAGUUCACCCCUUAAAAUAAAAAAAUAAAAUAUCAUUGUAGAAUUCUUUUAAAAAUCAAUUUACUAUUUCUCAGUCACAGCUCAAGAGACAUGCAUAGCUGUUUUAUUAAUUACUUCAUAUCAGAGAUAAAUGAAUAUAAUCUAACUAUAAAAAUUCAUUAUUUUUCUCUCUAUUGGAGGAAAACUCAUGUGCAAAUCUCUAAUUCAACGCUACUAAAUGCCUGAUGUCUUGAAAUAAAAUAGAAACAUAGGCCUACUGUUAUUUUUCUAUAAUUAUCUUACCACAUUAUAAAUUAUCUUGUCGACGCGAUUUCAUGGAAAAUGCGUUUCAUUUUGAAAAAUAGAUUGUUCUCUUUCUAUAACUUAUCAUAUUAUGUAUAAAUUGUUAUUAUGUCGACGCAAUUAAUUGAAAAUGUGUUUCAAUUUGAAAAAUAUUGAAUGAUAAUAUUCUGAGUGUCUUUGUUGAUUUGCCUAGAAAUAUUUUGUGCCAGUCAAUUACACUAGAUUCUAAACUUAUUCUUGAAUCCACCAAGUAUUCACAAUGAAGUUCUAAUUUUGGUUCUAUACAAUUAUUCUAUAAGUUCAACAUUGAUGUUGAGUUUACUGUGAAAACAUAAUAAUGUCUAGUUUUGUUUGCAAUUUUGUAGUCUAAGACACUAAACAGUCCUGUAUGAAUUGGAGUGUUUGGUCAAUGGUUGUUAGAUUUUUAUAUUUUUAUAAACAAAUAAAUAAUAAUUUAUAA